AAACAGGCUCUCCCUCUGAAUGUAUGUCCGAAACGGCAGAGCUCUUACAUUUACCCGAAGAUGUGCUGACAUUAACGCCGUUGACAUCGGAUGCUAGCGAUGAGCACCAAAACGAUGGCAUUUACUCUUACAUCGUUUGCGCCAAAAAACUUUUGGACAAAAACACAACUUUCGGUCCGUUCAGGGCUGAGAUAGUGGGCGCCGGUAGUCGAUCGCAAACGGCCGACAACUGUAGCAACAAAGUUGUCAAUCAUUGCGAUGAAAACAAUGCGAACAACGACUCGACGGUUACGGUUCGCCUCAAAGAGGAGUCGGGAGAUUGGCUUAAAAUACUCAGGACUGCCGAUAAGGAACAGGAGCCCAACGCUACCGUCCGGUGCGAAGAUGGUCAGGUCUGGUGUACAAUACUGAGCGAUAUCUCGCCAUCAAAUGAGGUCACAAUAAGGGAACCGAUAAAGUUUGUCAGCGAUUCACGCCAAGACAUGGCACACAAACACAUCGAUGACAUCGCCGACAACAACCACAACAACCACCACAACAGCGCUAAUUGCGAGACGACUGAUGUGGACGACGAAGACGAAGACGGAUCGGUUGCCCAGAGUUUGCCUGAAGACGAAGAAGAGGAGCUCGAAGUCGACGACGACUGUUAUACGUGUGUUCCCUGCGGUAUAGCCUUCUCAUGCAAAGACCUCAUGAGAGCUAAACUCAAGUCUUGA